CUAUUUUAUUGCUUAUUACACCCUCUUCAUCAAAAUUAAACACGUCAUCAAAUUAACCGACUGACGGCAAAAAAAAAAGAUAUCCACCUUUCCUUACACAGACGUCGUUCGCCUUAAUUUCUUCAGUAUAAACUAGCGAAAAGUGCGGAAUAAUGAUAACUGUAUUAGUGUUUUUAGUAAAAAUUGUUUUGGCUAAAGAAGUGUUUAUAAGUGACAAUGAAACUGAUAAUUUGUGCAGUGCAAACAAUAAUUGUUUUCGGAAAUGCUGUCCCAAAGGAGAUGCUUUAGUCGGUGACGAGUGUCACAACUUUUAUAUGCCAAGCCUUCCUGAUCCCUUGACUGCAUACUUUCCUAGUAGAAAUGACUAUUUUUUAAUCAGUGGAAAUGGAAAUUUUUGUUCGAAACCAAACACAGUUCCUUUAUACUUUAUGACUCCGCAAUUUCGAUUUUUGGAAAACGCCGUCCAAAUUUUGGAGGAGGAGGACCAACCGAUUCUUCAGUAUCCAAAUUUCUGUUUGGAAUGGUUCGUAGAAAACGGUACUAGUGAAGCUACUCUUGGGUUGUUAGCGUGUCUAUCGACAACCGGGAUGAAAACCUAUAAUUAUGGUAUGAUAAUAUCAAUGCCAUUCCUGCUAGCCACUUUUUUGGUAUAUGCAAUACUACCUGACAGAAAUCUCCACCAGAGGGCACUGAUGUUCUACGUGUUAACGUUGCUUAUAUCUUACAUGCUAUUGGUUACGAUAAAUUUGUCUGAGAAUAUUAAUCGACCAUGGUGUGAAAUAUUUGGAUAUUUAACACUGUAUUUCUUCAUGGUCUCCUUCUUCUGGAUGAACGUAAUCUGUUUCGAUAUCUGGUACACUUUCAGCGGAGGCAGAGGUUUUGUAGGAAGCAAACGGACCUCGGAAAGAAAAAGGCUUUUGCUUUACAGCCUCUACGCUUUCGGCGUGCCUCUCUUAGUGGCGCUGCUUGUGCUAUUGUUGCAAAGCAAAGUUUUAUCGGAAAGCUCAGAGCACAAUCCCGGAAUUGGAAUUAAUAAAUGUUUCCUUGGAGAUGGCUGGCCGAAUCUGUGGUAUUUCUACUUGGAAGCCGGACUGUUGGUGCUUAUGAAUAUAAUAUUUUUCACGCUAACUGCUCUUAAAAUUAGACAAGUCAAAAAGGAAACUUCAAUGUUGAAACAUAAUGAUAGCCAGAGACACUCGUAUGAGAAAGACAAACAGAAAUUUAAUUUAUACGUCAAACUAUUAUUCGCAAUGGGUGUGAAUUGGAGCAUGGAAGUGAUCUCGUGGUUGGUCAAUUGGCGGACUGGUAACAACAUACAGUAUAUCUGGUGGGCCACCGAUUUUUUCAAUGCCGUUUAUGGCGUUUUCAUAUUUUUCAUGUUUGUGUUCAAGAAGAAAAUCUGGAAACUAUUACAGAGACGAUUUAAUUGGAAAAAGUCGCAGGAAACCGUGCUCACAGGCACCUCGCCGGCACCUAGCACUAGUAACCUGUAUAACAAUAAAAUCGCAAUGAAUUAAUUAGAUUUAUUGUGCCCAAUCUCAUCGACAGCCGUACUACACUUUUGUUGGAAAACCUCAUCUGGCCCAUACCAUGACGACAACCAACGCCACUCGCACCAGUCACUAUUCUUCCACAAACUAUUCGACAACGGACACAGCCGUAACGGACAGGACAAACGUGAGCAAUGGCAAUGGACGAGGAAGACCCGAGGAAAUGGCUUUGAGAACUGUGACAUGAAUUUAUUAAAUAUACAUUUCGGGUACUUAGUUUGUAGCCAAUCGAAAUCGCUGCAAAUGCUGUUAAAAUUAAAAUGGAUUAUUUUAAAAGGAUUUUACUCAACAUUCAUUUUGAAAAUAUAAUAUACUAACACUAUAAAACUGACUAACACUAACCCAUGCAAAAGCCAAGAGAACAUGGUUGCUUGCCAUGGUUGUUACUUGCUGGACAGAAAAAAAAACAAACUUUAUUCCAUAUGGGCAUUUCGAUUGGCUAAAUCACAUCGCCCGUUAUUAAGAGGCUUGUUAAUUUCUGAUUUGAAUCAUGGGGGUAUAAAUCUUGAUAUUUUUUCAAUACCAAGAUAAGAAUGUUGGCCAUUUAACGUUUGAAAACAAGCUUUGACGAGGAGAAAUCCUUCUGAAGAAAAUGUGCUGAAACAUGGCUUUAAAUACUUAAAAAUUGUAGAAAUUUAGAAACUUUUUUUGUUCCCUUUAAGAUGUAUUCAUUGAUUUGUUUGCUUCCUUCUAAAAAUUUGAUUUUUCAUGAUCUAAUGUGAGUAUACCUAUUUACACCUACUUUUUGUAAAAAUUAUGUUUUUAUUAGCCAACAUUCUUAAUUCUUAUUCUAACCCUGAAGAUCUGUCAUUGGAACUUUAUCAAGAUUUGAUGAGAAAACUGAAAAGAAAUGUACCUCAUCAAGUACAUAAUACAUGUUUCUAAUUAAUCACUUCUAAUUAUUUGUUAAAUUUCAAGUCCCUUGAGCCUUGAAUGCAAAUGAGGCCCGACGAGACAGUCAGAGUAUAGAAAUGAAAAACUUUGAUCAUUUGCUGUGAAAUUUUGAAGCAAUCCAUUAGCUUUUAGGACAUAAUGAAUGCAUAAAUAUUAUGGUAUUGGAUUAAUUGUUCUUAAUCAAUGGAGCGUCAUAUAUAAAGCCUUAUUAACAAUCAAGCUCAAGUGAGUUUGCAGCUUUGAAGCUCUACACGUUACAUACAAAAAACGGAGCCUAAAUUUGAAAGCCUACAAUAAUAACUUCUAAAAAGAGUUCAAAUUCUAGUCAACAGAUUGUUGUUUUCGUACUUAAUUUUUUUUUUAAAUUCAAAGUAUUUUUUUAGUAUUAGUCUUUGGUAUUAUUUAAUUUGUUUUAUGAAACUUCCAGUUGCCAUAAUAAAAUGUAUUAUAGGGUACUAGUGUGUUGCCCGAUUAUUUUUAAUUUACCUAAUUGCUUCGAUGGAAAUGCAUAGUUGUGGUUGCAAACAAUAGACUUUCUUGUAUUUGCCAUUUUUAUCCUUUAAACUUUGUCUAUGUAUAUAAUGACCUUAUACCCAAUAAUUUUAAACGCAUUUUAUUAUUUGUUAGCUUUUGUUUAAAUAAUAUUUAAGCUGUAAAUAAGCUUGCCUUAUAUCAGUUUGGAUAUCUUAGAAUUGAUAAUCAUAAAUUAUGUGAAUGUUUCUUAUCUUAAAGGGCUUCAGACUACAUAAUAAUAUAAGUUACAUAUAUUUUUGAGAAUGUAUUUAAUUUCUAUUGUUGAAUGGGUAAUAACCCUGAAAAUGAAAACAGCUUAAUCAAAAGUGAAGCUAGACGUAACCGGAGACUGCAGAAUAAUUCCAUUCAUCAAUCCUAAGAUAUCAUCAAAUAUAAUGAGCUUGUAUUCAUGCAAUAUCUAAGCUUAGUAUAAUAAUAAUUUAGUUCUAAUAUAAAUUAUAAUCCAGUAUUGUAUUUUUGUUUGUUCCACUUUAUAUUGUAUGUUUCUGCUCUCUUUCACCCAUUAUAUUGAAUAAUUCAUCACAAAAUUUCACGUAUCAUUGAUUAGAAUUAAGUAAUUUACAAGAUCAAUGUGAUGUAUAUGUUAAUCUUACGCUUAAUAAAAAU